CUAAGCCAACGGCUGUAUGAAUCGACCAAGCCCUCUUUGUUGAGUCAGAAGCUGAAUUUUAGUUGGAUCUGCUUGUGUACCCUCAUAGGCUCCUGUUAUGCCAACCUAACAGAUCCCUAUGCGGAUGUUUCCAAGAACACUCUUCCAACCGAAAUUUCAAUGGCUUACCUGAACUGGAUUCGAAGUCACCGACCAUCACCCACCCCUACCGCUAACACCCUGCUAAACGACCACGAGCAGUUGUCCAGUGCAGUCAUUGUCCCUGAGUAUCCGACGCAGAGGCAGUCUGAUUUGCUAGAAAGAUACAAAGAAGUUGAGCGGAACCUGCAUCUACAAACUACAAAACCGUACGGGACAGUUAUUGCGGCAAACACUACUACUGCUGCUGCUGCUGCUGCGAACUCUUCCAGCCCCUAUGGUCCCUUCAGUUCUACUGUUAUUGGCCUGCUGACCGCGGUGAUCUCCUUCAUCACCAUUAGUGGAAAUGUGCUGGUUAUCAUGUCGUUUUUCUUGGAACGCAGUCUUCGUAUGCCCACCAACUACUUCAUUGCAUCCCUGGCAGUAACGGAUCUACUGAUUGGGGUAUUCUCCAUGAACCUCUACAGCCUCUACUUAUUACUGGGCUACUGGCCACUUGGCAGGCUGCUCUGUGACCUCUGCAACAAGAAUCACGUGCGUGAGCCCCACACCUGUUAUGCUGAAUUCUCCAACGAUCCCGUCUUUAACACUAUUCUCACAAUUUCCUACUUUUGGAUAACACUAGCUGUCAUGACAAGUCUCUACAUCGGCAUAUAUCACGUUGCACUGAAUCUACAGAGGAAGUCAGAAGCGAAGCGUCAGAAAGUGAAGAAUCUGGUAAAUAUGGCCGGGCAAACAAUGUCCAAGUUGGGAGUGACGGAUAACAAGGCACGCAUUGGUGAACCAGGUUACGAAGACGCUAGAAAUGUGCGGCGGAAAAGAAGCAGUAAUCAACAUGGCAUCGGCGCUGCCUCUUGUGUACUUGAAUCGGAUGCGCCAGACUCAGCAAACAACACACAAAAUGGUCUCCCUAAAGCAGCCGUAACGGAUAACCUUGCAGCGGCUGUUGUAAACAAACAGGCGGUGCAAGGAGGCGGUCAGCUGAUUGACAGAAUCAAUUCCAUUACUGAGCGACCACCAAACUAUUACGAUUGUGUGGGCCCCUCGAAACCCAAUCAAAAUGCGACUGUAAAUGACUACCUUCCGUACUGCGGACCGAGUGAAGACGAACUUCCGCCUCAGUUAACAUCUUCUCCGACUGUGACUCCUCUGAAAACAACAGUCCGGUAUCUCUGGGAGGUCGCUUCAACAGAACCAUUCCUGACAUAA